UUUCCCGUUUGACUGUCGCCUGAUUAUCCACAUUUCCACCUUCAUCCAAAUAAUCCCGAGGGGUUGUAGCCAUAUCACUCAUGGCUUUACAUUUAGCGGCAGUAGAGCUCAGUUUGCGGAUGAUCCCUUGCGCUUCGCGCAGGGGUGUGGCGCCGUCCCCCUCCAUGCAUUUAAUACCAUCCCAAAGCCGGACGCGCUCCAGUACCCCAGCAGCUCCGUCUUUACACUUUUAUUAUUUCAUUAUUAACAUUUUGAUUAAAAUAGUUUUUCAAUUCGCCCUUCAUCAAGGAUCAGCGGAACAUAUAUAGUGCAAACAACAAAGACAUGGAUAACGACAGCAUGAACGAGAACACGUUGCAGGAUGUGCACACGAAGGAGAUAGACCUCGUAAAUCGGGAUCCCAAGCACUUAAAUGAUCAUGUUGUAAAGGUGGACUUUGAGGAUGUGAUUGCCGAGCCCACUGGCACCUACAGCUUCGAUGGCGUGUGGAAGGCCAGCUUCACCACCUUCACUGUCACCAAGUACUGGUGCUACCGGCUGCUGACGGCAUUGGUGGGCAUCCCACUGGCCCUGGUUUGGGGAAUCAUUUUUGCCAUCCUUUCCUUCCUGCACAUCUGGGCUGUUGUUCCAUGUGUGAAGUGCUACUUGAUCGAUAUCCAAUGUGCGAGCCGGGUCUACUCCAUCUGCAUCCACACCUACUGCGACCCCUUCUUCGAGGCCAUUGGCAAGUGCUUCAGUGGCAUUCACAUGCAUCUCACUAAGGAGGUGUGAGGAGGAUGCAGGCAUGAGGAGCACCACACCUGCCAGAGAGAACACUUGGUAUUGCCCACAAGGGCAGACAGCUGGGAGGGAGGCGGGGUCUAGCGGUCACCUGCCCCUCUUUGCCAGCGGAAUCAUGGAUGCUUUCUCUCUGUCUAAAUUCAUCAACAUGGAUAAAGAGCAAAAUCCAUGGCUUCCUUUGAUUCGCUUAUUCUCUUUGUUGUCACUAUGGGACCUAGGGUCUUCUCAGACCAUCCAGGGCAUUCUGGGAUGUCCCAGGGCUGUCCAUCUAGCUUCCCACACACACUGUCUUGCAUGUGCCCGCUACUACCUCAUUGUAGGCAUCUUUAGCCAUUGCAGAGGGCCCUGUUUGUGCGCUACACUCUACACCACAAUGUCAAACUGGAGGCUUCAGACCGACAGAAAUCUGGCAGCCAAAAUGGCUCUCUCAUCCGCUGUUGUUCAUGCGAAGCUCAUAUCCCUGGUCUGGCUUGACCCAUGUGUCCAUUCCACUCCAUGAAUGUUACAGUACAUUUGAUACUGACUGCUUAGCGUUGGCGCCGGAUUGCUUUGCAUCAGAGCAUUUUAGCGGAGUGGAGCGGUGAGAAUUUCCGCUCCUCGCUCACGAGACUGUUGGCUCCGCCCGCUCCUCCGCUCUAAUUCGCACUAAGCCGCUCCGCUCAACACCGAUAUGACCUUAUAUCUGACAGGAGUCACACUUUGUUUACUGCUGUUCCUGUAGUUUGACCAUGUUUCAUGAUAAAAGUGAUUAUUUUAAUACUGUGCUUUUACUGAACAUUACAGCUGGAUACAUUAAAAGACGUAAUCAAUCA